AUGUACUAUGAUGACUUGCCCAUUUGGGGUUUCCUGGGGAAAGUGGAGAGGGAAGGAAAAUCUGACCCCAACGAGUACAGAUAUUAUAUAUUCAAACAUCUCCAUUUUGAGAUCUUCUACAAUAAGGAUUGUGUAAUUGAGAUAAAUGCACGAACUGACCCCAGUGCCCUUGUAGACCUUACCGAGGAUAAGGAAGUUGAUGUGGAGUUCAUGUACUCUGUGAAGUGGAAGGAAACAAAAACUCCCCUUGAGAAGAGGAUGGAAAAGUACUCACAGUCCUCUUCGUUACCUCGACACUUGGAAAUACAUUGGUUCUCAAUAAUCAACUCUUUUGUGACAGUUCUUCUAACUGGUUUUCUGGCUACUAUUCUUAUGCGAGUCUUUAAGAAUGAUCUUGUCAAGUAUGCUCAUGACGAGGAGACAGCUGAUAACCAAGAAGAAACUGGCUGGAAAGUUAUCAAUGGUGAUGUAUUCAGGUAUCCGAAGUACAAAUCCUUAUUUGCCGCUGCCCUAGGUUCUGGUACCCAGUUAUUUACCCUCACAGUAUUUAUUUUUAUCCUUGCACUAGUUGGUGUAUUUUAUCCAUAUAACCGUGGAGCUCUAUUCACUGCACUGGUUGUCAUUUAUGCUCUUACAUCUGGGAUUGCUGGCUAUACGGCAGCCUCUUUCUAUUGCCAACUAAAAGGAACAAACUGGGUAUAUCCGUCUCCCUCUGACAACAAAACACUUCUGUUCGGGACUAUUGUGGUUAUCUUUCUUAUUUGGGCCCUUGUGACAUCACCUUUGUUAGUCAUGGGCGGAAUCGCCGGAAAGAAUAGCAAGGUAGAGUUUCAAGCUCCAUGCUGCACUACAAAUUACCCCCGAGUGAUCCCACCUUUGCCUUGGUACCGUGGAACGUUGCCUCAGAUGACGAUGGCUGGAUUCUUGCCUUUCAGCGCCAUUUACAUUGAACUUUACUACAUAUUUGCCAGUGUAUGGGGCCAUAGGAUCUAUACUAUCUACAGCAUCUUAUUUAUAGUCUUCGUCAUCCUCUUGAUUGUUACUGCUUUUAUCACCGUUGCGUUGACAUACUUCCAGCUUGCCGCUGAAGACCAUGAAUGGUGGUGGAGGUCUUUUCUUUGUGGUGGAUCAACUGGGCUGUUCAUCUAUGCUUACUGCUUGUAUUACUAUUAUGCAAGAUCAGAUAUGUUGGGCUUCAUGCAAACCUCAUUCUUCUUCGGAUACAUGGCUUGCAUUUGCUAUGGUUUCUUUCUCAUGCUCGGCACAGUUGGUUUCCGAGCUGCACUCUUUUUUGUCCGUCACAUAUACCGCUCGAUUAAGUGCGAGUAG